CGUAGCAGACCUGAUAUUAAACUGACCCCAUGCCAAGGCGCACUAUGUGUUCCUACCUGCCGUCGCAAGACCGCGCUCGGUUGGAGCAGGCGUUCCGGCGAUUAGACCGCAACGGAGACGGAACUCUGACGGUCCGGGAGUUUAAGAUCGCGUGUUCGCAAGUUAACCCCAACAUUAGUGACCAUGAAGUGCGGAACUUAGUGGUGGAAGAUAAGAGAAGAUCUCUGAACUUUGCCGCUAGCUGACUAUGUUGUUAACUGUAUUGUAUGUGCUGGAAAAGUGCUAACAAAGUGCUAAAAAAGUGCUGGACAAAGUGCUUACAAAGUGCUAGUUAACUCCUUUGCUACUUCUGGCUACAAUUCUUAACUUGUUACUCAGAUGGACAUAGACGGUAACGGUAUGAUAGACCUUGAAGAGUUCUGUCUGUGUAUGGCGCGACACGUGGCAGCAAGCAGACAGCGCGCCCAACAGCAGCAGUCCGCAAAUAAGCCUGCCCUCACUUCCAAGCAGCUCAGAGACGCUUUCAAUUACUUUGACAAGGAUAAGAGUGGGACAAUAAGUCAGACAGAAUUACGCCAGGUGAUGCAAACUCUGGGAGUAAAGUGCAAUGACACAGAGUUUAAAGCCAUGCUCGUCAACAUCGACACUAAUGGAGAUGGGGUGAUCGACUUUGAAGAGUUCUCGAAACUUCUUACUUCCUUCAUGUAACCUCUCUUACACACUUGAAGGAGAUGUACUACAUAUUACGAUAUAAUGUUUUCUUUGCUGUAUGUUUAACAUGAUGAAAUGUUUUGACGGCUUUCAGCGUAGACUGGAACUUGAAUGAUCGAAGAAUGAGCUGAAAAACAAUCUUGAAAAGUGUAAAAUACAAGUGAAAAGUGCAAAAUAUGUAAAGUACAAUUAAUGUAAAUAAACUCUACUGAAAUUAAAGAUUAUCGUAGCGUUUCAUAUCAUAUUUGAACGUUCGUGAAACUCAUCCAAAAUUAUUGUGCUAUUUAAGUUUGUUUGAAAUACUUGUUAUUCAUACAGUUCAGUAUGAUAUACCUUGAUUAUUUGAAAAUUGUUACUACUAUUCAAAUUCUGAUUCAACUUCGAUUGCGCAAGGGAAAUCAACUCAUUUAAACUCUAAUUUUGUAAUGAUAUUGUUUAUGUUACUGCAAGGAAGAUAAGCCUUGUCUAUCUUAACAACCCUCUAUUUACCUUUCAAAUCUCAUCUACCUGUUCUCAGAUACUCAGACUGUUCAUUAUCAUAUUAAACGACUGUACAAAACAUUUGAAUUAUUCAAAACUCGUAAUUAAGAUUGUACAAAACAUUUGAAUUAUUCAAAACUCGUAAUUAAGAUUGUAGGAAUGAAGGAAUGUAGGAAACAUGUGGAUGAUUCGGAAAAAUGUUCAAAUUGAUGAGGUGUGGUCGUAAAGUAAGUGAGUAAUUACUGGGCUGUCUCGUUAAAGUGGGACCUACACAUUCCUAGUUAUUAGUGGUGAUUAUGUUUAUUACAAACGUCAUAUCACCCAUACACCACUUAUGUUUAUGUUGAAGUGGGGCACCUUGACGUCAUGAUGCGCCUCAAUUCUUACACCGGAUCUUGUUGCCCCAGCUCCGUCGCUUGACAAUUAUUCUUAUGUCAAUCGGCAAAGUCCGGGAUGCCCCAAAUGUAUCGACAGCAAUGUAGGUCAAAGAUUUCGAGGUGAAUCAAUGACCCUAACUUUAAUACUUAAAUUUCAAGUAUAUAAUGAUUAUACGUGUUUUAAUAUAAUGAUAUGUGUUUUAAGUUUUAACAAUAACGACCUAAGACCAUUUCGGGAGACCCUGGCGCAAAUGGUCUGGGUGAUUCUGACGCAAAUUAAUUCCAAAUUAGAUCCCGGUCUAAUUAUGUAAAUACUAUGAACUAUCUGAUAAAUUUUGAUCAGUCAACUUGGCGACUACAAUCGAACCCCGAUUGAUCAGGAUCUUAACAACUAAAUAUUCUCUUAAUUACUGAAUUUACAAGUGCAAUUAAAAAAGAAUUAGUGUCACCCUCCUGUAUCUCGGGGUUUGACUGCAACAAACCUUUUUUAUUUCCACCUGUUGAAAUUAUUUUUUGUAAACGAAAACAGCAAUAGCAUGUUCAAUUUUGUUAACUUCAGUUAACUUACAAUGUUAGGUUAAAAACCUAAAAUGUAAAGUAUGUGUAUUUUGAAGUAUGGUUUAAUUCGUGACAAUAUAUCAAGAAGCACCUACCUAGCGGCUAGGAUCGUACAAAUUUACUUUUGGAUUUCUCAUUUUCUAUUGACACCGAAUAAGUUUAACGGGUUAAUAGAAAAUAUGUACACAUUUAAAGUAGCUAUUUGUUAAAGUCGCAGUAUGAAAGUUAGAAAAUCUUUGAUGUUUAAUUUGAAUAGCAGAUUGAGUUUUUGUCAGAAUAUAAUGUAUAGAUUGUUGAUAACUUAUGAAUAUUGAAAAUACAAUUUUCUUUUGUUUUCUUCACGAAAUCGUUUGCAACCUUGAACUAAAGCUUGAGCCUUACAUUUUGUAUAAUACUACACAACUUCACGUCUCAAAUUGAGAUUCUUAAAGUUUCAGUUUUCAUUCAGGAAGGUUAUAAGAUAGAGAAAAGGUUAAGAUUAUAUUUGAGCACAAUUUUCAUCAAUAAAUAAUCCUAUGACUACUCUACAGAGUCAGUAAAGAAUUUAUUUCUGUCAAAAAUUUAAAUUUAAAGAUAAUCCCAGUCAGACAGCAGAAUGGAACUGUUGCCACAUGUCAUUAUAUUGGGACUGGUUGGAUUUAUAGUGACAAUCAGCUGGAGUCCUACUUCUAGUCUCUUCUCCUGGCAUCCUACACUCAUGUCUGUCGCUUUCCUAGGCCUGCAGUGCGAGUCGAUAUUGCUGUUCCAUCCCAGAUUUAGUCCUGUGACUAACCAUGCUCUUAGAGUGAAACUACAUCAGAUUUUCCAGAUAGUUGGUUUUGUGCUUGGUUCGAUUGGAAUGGUGAUUAUCUACAUUUUAAAGGAGAACGCUGGGAAGCCUCACAUUUCUAGUUGGCAUGCUCUAUUCGGACUUAGUGCUAUGAUACUGACCCUUAUCCAACUUGUCGGUGGACUUCCUUUAAUUUACUCGCAGAUAAGAAAGAUAUUACCGAUGAGCAAGUCCUUGGGUGAACUGAAGCGGAAACACGCUCAGAUGGGACUGAUAACUGUGAUAUGUGGUCUCACUACUGUUGGUUUGGCGUUCUACAGCAACUGGUUCAUUAAGAAAGAGUUUCACCGAAUCUACCAGAAUGUGGCAUUUGGAGCUGUUACAACAAUCAUCGGAGUCCUUUUCGCUCAAGUUUAUCACGGCCGACUGUCAGUCGAAAAUCAAAACUGAGUUUAUAUGAUAGGAGUGAUGUUAAGUUAUACACAAUGACAGUAUUUUCUUCGGCAAUUUUUCACGGAGACAGAGUUUUAUAAUUUAUAUUGUUAUAGGCUCGAUAUUUACCUUUUACAUUCAUUUAUAAAAGAAGUUUGUUAUGUCAGAUCUUGUUAUGGGGAUUCUGUCAUAUGAUCAUUGUUUUGAAUUCGAUCUUAUAAUUAAUGUUUUCUUAA